AUGGUCUCAUUCAAGAUCCUCCUUGCCCUCCUCCCCAUGGCAUUGGCCAUGCCGUCUCUCCCUCCUGCUUUGAAGGAGCGCGAUUGCAUACCUCCCACAAACUGCGGCGGGCCUAUCGACGUUUGCGAAUUUUGCUGCUUCUCGGGCAUUAUUCCUAACAGCGCCAACUGCCACUCCCACGGCGAGACUUGCCCUGGCGGCACUGCUUACCACUGCGACGACGAACAUUAA